GAAAAUCCUUGGAUUCUCCCCUAAAGCUCUCCCGGUGCCGGCGCUUACCUCCGUCUGCGCCGCCAUCUUGUUGACGCACGGCGUGUGACGUCACUUCCGCUUUCUUCUUCUUUCCCCUCAGCGCCGGGAGGUCGCAGCCAUGUCGCUGGUGAUCCCCGAGAAGUUCCAGCACAUUCUGCGGGUGCUCAACACCAACAUCGACGGGCGCCGCAAGAUCGCCUUCGCCAUCACCGCCAUCAAGGGCGUGGGGCGGCGCUACGCUCACGUGGUGCUGCGCAAAGCCGACAUCGACCUGACCAAACGCGCCGGGGAGCUCACCGAGGAUGAGGUGGAAAGGGUGAUCACCAUCAUGCAGAACCCCCGGCAGUACAAAAUUCCCGACUGGUUCCUCAACCGGCAGAAAGACGUCAAGGACGGAAAAUAUUCCCAGGUUUUGGCCAACGGCCUGGACAACAAACUCCGCGAGGACCUGGAGCGCCUCAAGAAGAUCCGAGCCCACCGCGGCCUGCGCCACUUUUGGGGGUUGAGGGUGAGGGGUCAGCACACCAAGACCACCGGGCGCCGCGGGAGGACCGUGGGAGUGUCCAAGAAAAAAUGAGGAGAAAAACGGGAAAAUCGGGAAAAACGGGAAUUUUUGGGAAUAAAAGCGGAGUUUUUGUGGA